AGAGGCUGAAGCUGAUGGGUCAGCCCCAGCUCUGCUCCUCUCACUCCACCUGCCUUGCCCUUCCCUUAGCAUUGCUGUCUGCCGUGAGGAUCAACGGGGAUGGCCAGGAGGUCCUGUACCUAGCAGAAGGUGAUAACGUGAGGCUGGGCUGCCCUUACAUCUUGGACCCUGAGGACUAUGGUCCCAAUGGUUUGGACAUCGAGUGGAUGCAGGUCAACUCAGAUCCCUCUCACCGGGAGAAUGUGUUCCUGAGUUACCAGGACAAGAGGAUCAACCACGGAAACCUUCCCCACCUGCAACAGAGGGUCCGCUUUGCAGCCUCAGACCCCAGCCAGUAUGAUGCCUCCAUCAACCUCAUGAACCUUCAGGUAUCUGACACGGCCACCUACGAGUGCCGGGUGAAGAAGACCACCAUGGCUACCCGGAAGGUCAUUGUGACUGUCCAAGCACGUCCUGCAGUGCCCAUGUGCUGGACUGAGGGUCACAUGUCCAAAGGCAAUGAUGUGGUUUUGAAGUGCUUUGCCAAUGGAGGCUCCCAGCCCCUCUCCUACAAGUGGGCCAAGAUCAGUGGACAUACUCAUCCCUACCGAGCCGGGUCUUACCACUCCCAGCACAGCUUCCACUCCGAGCUCUCCUACCAGGAAUCUUUCCACAGCUCCAUCAAUCAAGGCCUGAACAAUGGGGAUUUGGUGUUGAAGGACAUCUCCAGAGAGGACAAUGGGCUGUAUCAGUGCACAGUGGCCAACCAUGUGGGCUACAGCGUCUGUGUGGUGGAAGUGAAGGUCUCAGACUCUCAGCGUGUGGGCAUGAUCAUCGGCGCCGUGCUGGGCUCCCUGCUCAUGCUGGCCUGCCUGGCCGUAGGCAUCUGGGGGCUCAUCUGUUGCUGCUGUGGGGGCGCCGGGGCUGGAGUCUCCCGUGGUGCCUUCGGCUACGGCAACGGCGGCGGGGUCGGCGGAGGGGCCUGCGGCGACUUGGCUAGUGAAAUCAGAGAGGAUGCCUUGGCGCCUGGGUGCAAGGCCAGCGGGCGCGGCAGCCGCGUCACCCACCUCCUGGGGUACCCGACGCAGAACGUCAGCCGUUCCGUGCGCCGCAAGUACGCGCCUACACCCUGCGGCGGCCCCGAGGACGUGGCCCUGGCGCCCCGCACCGUCGCUGCCGCCUGCGAAGCAGGCCCCUCCCCGGUCUACGUCAAGGUCAAGAGCGCCGAGCCUGACGCCUGCGCCCAGGCGCCGCUGCCUUGCAAGGACGGUCUUUUGGUGUGAACAAGCGUGCCGCGCCUCUCCGGGCUGCGUCCCGGCUGGGAGGAGGGUGAGGGGCUCCCUGCCCGCAGCUGGGGACACACGCGGGAAGGUGCCGACAGGGCUUGUCCCAGACCGCCCGGCGGUUGGGGGCUGAAGACAUUUUCUUCUGUAAAUUCGUAGGAAGGCGCGGUCUCCUCCCCUGAAGUGGGAGGUGCUUGGAGAGGGUGGAGGAAGGCUGUCCGGUGCCCACUCUGCACCCUGAGGCCCGAAGCUCGGGGAGAAGGAGGGAGGAGGAAGAGGUAGUGAGUGUCCCCAGCCCGGUGUCCCCAGUCACGGCAGAGGGCUCCGGGGGUUGGGUCGAGGUGGGGGUCUGGAUUAAGUUGUUGGCUGUGUGUGAGAUGUGAAGUCGGUUUGAGCUCCGAGGCAACCAUGUGAGCACAAUAAAGAAGCUUUGAGACUGGAGACGGAGGUGGUGGCCGUGCAUUCCCAGGAGG